AUGUCCAUGUCAGAACAAGGCAAGAAUGUUCAGCCCAGUGGCGGGGAGGUGAGGCUGGAACUGAGGCCAACAGCCCAGUGGAACCAGGGCUGCAGCAACGCAGCCUUCCAGACGCCUUUGAUCCUGGCACUCAAGAGACAGAGGCAGGCAGAUCUCUGUGAGUUCAAAGUCAGCUUGGGCUAUAAAGAUGAAGACCUUGAAGAGCAGGACUCACCAGGAAACAGCACAGUCAGGAGCAGAGUUUUACAGAGCGGGGAACAAGGAAAUGCCAAACAGGGUGACAGGCAGAUCACGAUUGAGGAGGAGUCGUCUCCAGGAAACAAAGAAGACGUGGAGGGUGAUGACCAGGAUGACCAUCAAAAAGGGUGUUUGGAAAGAAAGUAUGAUAUGAUUUGUGAGUUUUGUAGAAAGCACAGGAUCAUUCUCCGACGCAUCAUCGGAGGCAUUUUAUUGACUGGUUUCCUGGCUCUGGUGAUUGCAGCCUGUGUACUAAACUUCCACAGAGCCCUUCCUCUAUUUGUGAUCACCGUGGUUACCAUCUUCUUUGUUAUCUGGGAUCACUUGAUGGCCAAAUAUGAGCAUCGAAUCGAUGAGUUCCUAUCUCCAUGCAGAAGGCUUCUCAACAGGCAUUGGUUCUGGCUGAAAUGGGUGAUGUGGAGCUCACUGGUCCUGGUGGUUAUUUUCUGGUUGAUCCUUGACACCGCCAGGCUGGGCAAGCAGCAGCUGGUGUCCUUUGGAGGACUCAUACUGUACAUCGUACUGUUGUUUCUCUUUUCCAAACAUCCAACCAGAGUUUACUGGAGGCCUGUCUUUUGGGGAAUUGGAUUACAGUUUCUUCUUGGGCUCUUAAUUCUGAGGACUAAUCCUGGAUUUAUUGCUUUUGAUUGGCUGGGAAGACAAGUUCAGACUUUUCUGGAGUACACUGAUACUGGAGCUAUGUUUGUCUUCGGUGAGAAGUACACAGACCACUUCUUCGCAUUUAAGAUCCUGCCGAUCGUGGUUUUCUUCAGCACUGUGAUGUCCGUGCUCUACUACGUGGGACUGAUGCAAUGGGUGAUCCGAAAGGUUGGAUGGUUAAUGCUUGUCACUAUGGGGUCAUCUCCCAUUGAGUCUGUAGUUGCUGCUGGCAACAUAUUUGUUGGGCAAACAGAGUCUCCACUACUGGUCCAACCAUAUUUACCACAUGUCACCAGGUCAGAACUCCAUGCCAUUAUGACAGCUGGCUUUGCCACAAUUGCUGGAAGCGUAUUGGGUGCCUAUAUCUCCUUUGGGGUGUCAUCCACACACUUGCUAACUGCCUCAGUCAUGUCAGCACCGGCAUCCCUGGCUGUGGCCAAACUCUUUUGGCCUGAAACAGAAAAACCCAAAAUCACCCUCAAGAAUGCCAUGAAGAUUGAGAGUGGUGAUUCAAGAAAUCUCCUGGAGGCAGCAACACAGGGUGCAUCCUCGUCCAUCCCCCUGGUAGCAAACAUUGCGGUGAAUCUGAUCGCCUUCCUGGCCUUAUUGUCUUUUGUGAACUCAGCCCUGUCCUGGUUCGGAAACAUGCUUGACUACCCACAGUUGAGUUUUGAGGUAUGA